AUGGAAUCUUUGAUAGCAGGCUCAGAUACUAUCUCAAAUAUAGAUGCAUCGUCCCAAAUAAAUUAUCCACCCGAUGCCAACUAUAUGACGCAAGAUGAAAUAGAUACACACAUAUUCUUCAUGCGUGAAGCUCUUGCCAUGGCAAAUCUCGCUCUCAACACCAACGAGACACCUGUUGGUUGUGUACUCGUAGAUCCAGUCCUCAAGAAGGUCGUAGCUAGAGGAAUGAAUGCUACCAACAGGAGCUAUAAUGGGACAAGACAUGCAGAGUUUAUUGCCAUUGAUGAAUUGCUGUCUUCGAGCUCCAAGAUGGAUUGUGGCGGAGCGAAUGAAAAUAAACAUGGGAAAAGAAAGAGGGAGGGCGGUGAUAAUGAAGGUGACAACGAUAAGGGAGAUGCGAUUGGAAGUACGAGGUGUGAUUAUGGACCGGAAGAUUUGAAAAGUUUGGAUUUAUACGUGACGAUAGAACCAUGCAUAAUGUGUGCGUCAUUGCUGCAACAAUUUGGAAUACGAAAAGUUUGGUAUGGAGCAGUCAAUGACAAAUUUGGGGGAAACGGUGGAGUCUUGAAUAUUCAUAGGGGGAACGGAAUAUUCGAUAGCAAUGAUGCCGCCGAGGACGGAGAGGAAGACAACAAAAAGGAGAAAGGCGACGAGGAAUGGCCUGAAAAACAGGAGGGCGAUUACGAGGUUAGUGGCGGGUGGUUGCGGGAAGAAGCAAUUGUUAUCUUGAGGAGAUUCUAUGUGCAAGAGAAUGGUCGAGCCCCCGAGCCUAGAAACAAGAAAGAGAGGAUAUUGAAACUAGAUGUGGAACCAAUGAUAGAUCCGGGAGCAAAAGGUGAUGAGUCCGGUUGA